GUUAGGGUAAAAAUUGACAGUACUAUAUAUAUUUGUGCUUAAAUUGCGAUCCAUGAAAAAUACUUUCUUCCCGAACAUAAAACCUGAGUCAACAAUGUGUUCGAUGUAUAUAGAGAAUUAUUUUACCGUUAAAACCAAUAUGUCGUCGUUUGAAAACUGCAACAGGACGGAAGCUGUGGUAUACGGUUAUAACCUAAGCGUUUCACCAAGCCCUAUUAUUCUACAUCCGGACAUACAUGACAACACCGUUCCACCAAAAAUCAAAGUGCAGGGUCACUUUAUCGUGACGAGAAAAAUACCAUCCCAUGAAAACGGAACAUUUGAGCUCCUCAACUCGUUCAUUUUGUCAGCAGACAACACAACCACUGAACUCUGUCAGAUCCUACCACUUGACUUCUGUCACGUGACAGACGUAUGUGAUAUUCUCAACAGCAAAAGGAUGCACUUACCAAUCUGUCCCAUCUUGUUCGACAACGGCAGCGGUCCUAAGGGAUGGAAUUGCAAAUGCCCGUUCGAACAGGGGACAUACAUCAUGCCGCGAGGAGAAUUGCCAAUACACGUAUUUUUUCCCUUUCGACUACAUGCAGAUUUCAAUAUCAUAGCGAAGAUCAAAGAAAAUGGAGUACCGUUGGGAUGCGGCUCAUUCAAAUUUUCAGUGCGGAAAGCGACUGAUCCCGAGGCUUUUAAUGUCACGUAGAGGUCGUCGUAAAUGUGCCGUGGACAACAAGGAUGUCGGAUUGACAAUACCGUCACUGUUUUUAUGUAGCUUUUGUAGCUUUAUUAUAUAAACAAGUGGCAUAGUUUUUAUUCUUGAACUAGAAACAAUUAAAAUAGUGAAAUUAAGCAGGCAUAUUAAUGUUUCUUCGAACCUAUUCGUGCUCGGUCGCAAUAUGUUCACGGAGUGACAAUUACAACUGACACGAUCUGAAAUGAUCUCCAUUUUAGAUACAAUUACUAACGGUCCUUUGGGAGUGUUUAAAAGAUGUUGCAAUUCGACACCAUCAUCAGGAUCGGGAAUUCAAUGCAUGCCGUAAUGAUACGAUACGAUUUAAACGGCUGCGAUAUAUUUUACGAUUAAAUUAAUGGUAUUCACGGACUGGACCCGAAUGAUCACCACUUAAAGUACGAAUAUCAUGGGAUCGAGUUCCCCAAAGUAUUUUGACAUUAAUUAAUGCACGCUGUUAUAUUACAAUAUCGUUAAUGAUGUUUUAUUCACGACAGCCGGACCUUGGCUCUAUAUACGCUUUAUACAGAAUAUCUGAUAGCCAGCUGGGUAUUCGCAACACGUCGAAUAGCCAAUUCCAUUUUAUUCAAGAUUCAACCGUGGUUCGAUAUUUACAAUAUUUCGAAUACUAAAAACCAAAACUGGCUCGAAAUUCGCUUAAAUUCGAGUUCUCAAUACUCAGCUGUGUAUUCGGCUCUAGCUCGAUAUUCUAAUACGUUCGACGUAAACGCUUACUUUAUCCCGGUAAGAAAUUUUGUAACAGUGAAGUUUAGGAAUAUAUCGAAUAUUAAUAUGAAAUAAACGCUAAUAACUCUCAUACUGAUAUGGCUGGAAAGUGAGCGACUUUUAAAAAAUACAAAAUUUAAAAAACGGCGAAAACAACUUGUCUCGGCAUGGACGUCACCAUAUUUAAUUCCUUUAGAUCAUCACGUGAGUAUCCCCGCUGUUCGACUUGAUUUCUACAUGGAAAAGAUAAAGGGCAUGCGUAUACCAAAUUUCA